GAUACAACAUGGAAGAAAGCCAGUUGAAGACCUAGAUAUGGAAAGAGGAGAACAACUUCAGCAGUACAGUCAAGGAAGUGGAAAAGCGGUCGAACACUCCCAAGACAUUUUCCUUUCUGAAAGUGAUCGUAAUGACGACAUGAAUCCUAAAUCUGUACUUGUCACUGGGAAGGCAGGGAUUGGAAAAACUGUCUAUUGCCAAAAUUUAAUUCGAGACUGGGCUGACAACAAAUUAUUUCAACCACAAAGUAAUCGAAACGUGCCUGACUUUAAGUUCGUAUACUUACUGACUUUUCGUCAACUGAGUUUGCUGAGAGGUAAGCGUGUUACUUUGAGGGAGAUCCUCAACCGAUCUUCAGUGUUAGAUGAACACUCAAAUAUCGACGACUUUUUAUUUGAGUACAUUGUUGAUCAUUCUGAAAAUGUUUUGAUUAUUCUAGACGGCUUUGACGAGUAUUCAAAACAAAAUUUCAUCGUUAGGGAUUUUGAUGACCGAUAUCCGAAUAGCGCCAAAGAGAAAAUGCCAGUAGCAGCGCUAUGCGCCAAGCUAAUCAAAGGGAAAAUCUUGAAAGAUUCGGUUGUCAUGAUAACGUCAAGGCCUGAUGAAUCCGAUCAAAUGACGGUAAAUGGUAAAGUUGCCUUUGAUCGGUACGUUGAAAUUACAGGGUUUUCCGAGGAACAGGUGAAGAAUUACAUUGAAAAGUAUUUCAGAGAAAACGAAGUCAUGAAGAAUGCUGUAAUGGAUCACAUUACAAAGAAUGACAAUCUUGUUAGCUUUGCCCACAAUCCUGUUCUGUGUUUUCUGAUGUGCUCAUAUUUUGAGUACAUAUUAAAGGAAUCGAUGAACACUGAUGCUUUUCCUGUCAGCAUGGGUGACAUCUAUUCGGAAGUGAUCAACGUGUUUCUCAGAACACAUAGCAGAACGAAAGGAGCCCCUCCAGAGAAAACGCUGGAUAAAUUGUCAAAGUUUGCGGCUCAUUUGCUCCGAAAGAAGAAGUAUCUCUUCAGUGAUGUUGACGACAUGAAAAGGUUUUCUUCGGAAGAAGUUGAAAGCCUCAAAGCAAGUGGUCUUCUCCAUUGCGGUCCACUGUUUAGAAAAUCAUUUUCUGAAACGACGAAAUAUUUUUGCUUCACACACCUAACUCUCCAGGAAUACUUGGCGGCUCGUUGGUUUGUGAAGCAAAGAGAAAUUCCAUCUUACUCUGAAAAUGCCUCAGGAAUGGUGUUGCAAUUUAUGUCUGGCAUUUUAUCAAAGCAAAACAACCACGCUUUUAUGCGCAAAUUGCUCAGAGGACUCAUUCCAAGGACUCAGACUAUAUUUUCCGUAGAGCAACGAAUAAUAAUGGAGUGUCUGGCUGAGUACCAUGACAAAGAAUUUGUACUAAAUUUCGUAAAGAGAUUUUAUAGUCAGCUUUUUUUUCUUCAUUCAACCAUACAAUUUGAAGGACUGGAUUGUAUCGCUAUAUCUUUUCUGUUAGAUAUCGUCAGUACAUUGAAUGCAGAAGAACAGGAUGAAAUGAAUCAACUUACGUUUCAACAGUCUCAUAGGCUGUUAGGUAAUCGACCAAAUCUUUUUAGGCGCGUCGUGCCAUGUGCAGAGGGAACUGCUGAGAGGAGUCAAACAUCCUCGCACCAAUCAAGUAGAGCACCAGUUCAAUUGUAUCUCUUUGAUUGUCAUAUUACACAGACUGGAUUAAGACAAAUAUGUAAAGUUCUGAAGAACGAGCUCUGCACUGUGACGACGUCUCUUCACAUUUCUGGCUGUUUGAUGGCAGACGAAUGUGUUGCUACGAUUGCAGAAUCGUUGCCAUUGACUAACGUGAUUCAACUGUCUCUGCAAGGGAAUAAGAUCACUGAUGCUAGUGUUGUCAGUCUAUGUCAAGCAUUGCAAACAGCAGCAUGUCAAGUCACCAAACUUGAUCUGAGAGAAAAUCAGAUCACCGAUGCCGGUGUUGCCAGUCUUUGUCAAGCAUUGCAGACAACAGCAUGUCAAGUCACCGAACUUAAUCUGCGUGAUAAUCAGAUCACCGAUGCUGGUGUUGCCAGUCUUUGUCAAGCAUUGCAGACGGUAGCAUGUCAAGUCACCAUACUUGAUCUGAGUGAUAAUCAGAUCACCGAUGCUGGUGUUGUCACGCUCUGUCAAGCAUUACAGACACCAUCAUGUCAAGUCACCAAACUUGUUUUGAUUGAAAAUCAGAUCACUGAUGCUGGUGUUGCCAGUCUAUGUCUAGCAUUGCAGACAGUAGCAUGUAAAGUCACCGAACUUAAUCUGAGUUAUAAUCAGGUCACCGAUGCUGGUGUUGCCAGUCUAUGUCAAGCAUUGCAGACACCAGCAUGUAAAGUCACAACACUUCGUCUGAAUGGUAACCAGGUCACCGAUGCUGGUGUUGUCACUCUAUGUCAGACAUUACAGAGGGCGCAAUGUCCAGUCGAAUAUUUGAGCUUGUAUAGUAAUUUUCAGAUCACCAGUGUUGGUAAGAGGCGUCUAAAAAAGCUGUCAAAGCGACAUUCCAAUCUUGACCUUUUUGUAUUUUAAAAAACUACUUAAAAGACAAAUGAUCAGCAAUAGUUGUUAACAAAACCGCAAAAUUAUCGAAACAGUAUUGACAAAUAUUAAGAAUAAAUACCUUAUAUACUUUUGAGUGAUUUCAUCUAGCACUGAUAUAAGUAUUCUCCUCAACAUUUAACAUGUAAGAUAUUUUUUCCAUGAUUACAGCUUCCAGAAAAAGUCCCAGUCCCCUUCGCGGCUGUCAUACAAUUCUCUCCUCAACAGAUCAAUUGUCAAUCCUUGUAUGGGCCAAUCACUGAUAGCCAUCUAUUUAAGGGAACCUCUC